CUGAUAUCCAGGCUUCUGGAGCUUAUUCAGUCCACCCUUCUCUGAGCUACCCACAGGGUGCAGCGACCUGGGCUCCCUCCCGCAAUACCACCGCGGAGAGCCCGCAAUCUCGCGCGAUCCUGGGUUCCCCGCAGCAGCGCCGGGCGGUGUUGGAGAGGUUUGAGGCUUUUCCGCCACUUCCUUCCGUGGUCCUGCUCGUGGUGGUGGUGGUGGUGGAGGAGCGGAAGUUAGCUUGGAGUGUGCCCGCUGCGCCGCAGCUGUCCGUGCCUGCCGCCGCCUUCCCGCCGCCGCCACCGCUGCCACCAUGCCCAACUUCGCCGGCACCUGGAAGAUGCGCAGCAGCGAGAAUUUCGACGAGCUGCUCAAGGCGCUGGGUGUGAACGCCAUGCUGAGGAAAGUGGCCGUGGCGGCUGCGUCCAAGCCGCACGUGGAGAUCCGCCAGGACGGGGAUCAGUUCUACAUCAAGACGUCCACCACGGUGCGCACGACCGAGAUCAACUUCAAGGUCGGAGAAGGCUUUGAGGAGGAGACCGUGGACGGACGCAAGUGCAGGAGCUUACCCACUUGGGAGAAUGAGAACAAGAUCCACUGCACACAAACUCUCCUGGAAGGGGACGGCCCCAAAACCUACUGGACCCGUGAGCUGGCCAACGACGAACUCAUCCUGACGUUCGGCGCCGAUGACGUGGUCUGCACGAGGAUUUAUGUUCGGGAAUGAAGGCGGCCAGCUUGCUCCAACUUUGGGGGUGGGAUGCAUGUUCCCCCAAGGAAUGUCAUAGUUCUGAGCCGCCAGCGGACCUCCUCUUCCCCGGUAUUAACGUUAGGUGAUCCCAAUGUCCCCCCAGUACAGUAAUGCUGUAGUGUUUUCCCCAAGGCUCUGUGCCUCUGUGUCCCUGGCGCUCCAUAGUCUGGCAUCUGUAUGGUUUCAUCAGUCAUUAAACUGUGUGUACA